AUGGGUUUUAGAAAUUUAACGGGAAAUUAUUCUAGUAAUACGUCUAGUCCCUAUACUAAUGAGGUUACAGAUAGUAAUGAUAGCCAAGAAUUUGAAUUUCAUAGUCCGCGGAUAACUAAUCCAUUUGCUACUGCAAGUAAUAGUAGUGUUGAAGAGAUAGAAGAAGAAGAAGAUAAUAAUAAUAAUAAUAUUAGUAGCAAUCCACAAAGUAGUGAUUCGUUAUUAUCACAAUCAAAUUCAGAAAUACGAUACGUUCAUCCACAAGAUAUACAAGCACAUAUUGAACAAGAUUAUAAAGGUUAUUAUUCAAAGAAACCACAAACAAUUGGAACUCCAGAAAAUAGAGAUAUUACAGGUAGAUUUAUACAAACUCCACAAAUGCAAACAAUGCAACCACCACCUGUACGUUCUAAUAGUGAAAAUAGAUUCAUUCAAGCAACUCCUCCUUAUGAUAGAUACCCUAUAGUUAAUAGUCGAUUAAAUUCACAAGUAAUUAAACCUAGUAAUGUAGGUGCAUUUUCUGAACAAACAAAUGGGAUAAGUGAAUCUCAGGGAUCUGGCAUAAAUAAUUAUUUGAAUGAAACUAAUGGUUCUACUUCCUCAUCUUCUAAUUAUAAUCCUGCAUUGUUACAACCUCAAGAUUUUUCUCCAUUUGGUGGAUACCCUGCUAGUUCAUUCCCAUUAACUAUGGAUGAAAAGGAAGAUGAUGAUUUUAUACAUAAUCCAGAUCCAGAAGAAGAAGCAAGACUUGAUAGAAGAAGAAUGUGGGAUGAUAUUAAAAAUAUGAAUGCUCGUUCGUUUUUAGGGUUAAUUGGUAUAUUAGUGUUGUUAGCCGCAGGUAUUUGUGUCUUUGUCAUUUUACCAGCAUUAACGUUCACAGGUGCAGUACAACAUAAGGAUCCAGUUGAAGGAACAGGUGGUCAUUCGUCUUCGUCUUCGUCAUCAAGUUCAAAUUCAAAGGAAAUUUUAACUAAUUAUAAAUAUCCAACAUUGGCAGCAAUUAGAACAAAUCUUGUUGAUCCAGAUACUCCUACAGCGGCAAAGACAAGAAAGGCCAAAGAUGGUUCAAGUUGGAAGUUGGUUUUCUCUGAUGAAUUUAAUGCUGAAGGAAGAACAUUCUAUGAUGGGGAUGACCAAUUUUGGACCGCUCCGGAUAUUCAUUAUGAUGCAACCAAGGAUUUGGAAUGGUAUGAUCCAGAUGCAGUCACAACAAAGAAUGGUACUCUUCAUUUACGGAUGGAUGCAUUCAGAAAUCAUGAUUUAUAUUACAGAUCAGGUAUGGUCCAGAGUUGGAACAAACUAUGUUUCACUCAAGGUAUUUUAGAAGUAUCUGCAAAUCUACCUAACUAUGGUAGUGUUACAGGUUUAUGGCCUGGUUUAUGGACCAUGGGUAACUUAGGUAGGCCAGGUUACUUGGCUUCUACAGAAGGUGUCUGGCCUUACUCCUAUGACUCUUGUGAUGCAGGCAUUACACCUAAUCAAAGUUCCCCUGAUGGUAUUUCAUAUCUGCCAGGGCAAAGAUUAAAUGCGUGUACUUGUGAUGGUGAAGAACAUCCAAAUCCAGGUGUUGGCAGAGGUGCACCAGAAAUUGAUAUUAUUGAAGGUGAAGUCGACACAACUUUAGGUGUUGGUCUUGCUUCACAAUCUAUGCAGAUUGCUCCUUUUGAUAUUUGGUAUAUGCCGGAUUACGAUUUUAUUGAAGUCUACAAUUUUAGUACCACAAAUAUGAAUACAUAUGCUGGUGGUCCAUUCCAGCAAGCUAUUUCUGCAGUUUCAACUUUAAACACCACGUGGUAUGAAUUCGGACAAGAAGCUGGGUAUUAUCAAAAGUUUGCAUUGGAAUAUUUGAAUGAUGAUGAAGAUGGUUACGCGCGUUGGUUUGUUGGUGAUAAUCCAACUUUCACUAUUUAUGCAAACGCAUUACACCCUAAUGGGAAUAUUGAUUGGAGAAGAAUAAGUAAAGAACCAAUGUCAAUUGUUAUGAACUUAGGUAUAUCCAAUAAUUGGGCUUAUAUCGAUUGGAGAAUGAUUUUCUUCCCUGUUCAAAUGUCUGUGGAUUAUGUGAGAUUAUAUCAGCCUUCAAAUGCAGUAUCUAUCACUUGUGACCCCGAAGAUUAUCCAACAUAUGACUAUAUUGAAUCACACAAAUUGGCAUAUACAAAUGCUAACUUAACUCAUUGGAUCGAUGCAGGUUAUUCUUUCCCAGCAAACGAAUUGACCGGAAAUUGUAAGAGUAGCAAUUUUUCUGGAACUGUGGUUCUUGGUGACUAA